CCCUCACCCCACACCCACACCCUCACCCCACACCCACACCCUCACCCCACACCCUCACCCCACACCCACACUCACACCCACCAAAAAACAUUAUAAACAUGAGAAGUUCUAUAAAAAUAAUCAUCGCCAUGAUCCUUAUCUGACGUCAAUGAAUUUUGUUUUGUUAUUAUAGUUUUGAGUUUCUGUAUUUAAUUUGAGUUUUUAUUUGAGUAGUCUGUGAGUGAAUUUCAAUCUCGCUCAUAGUGCUUAUUUGGAGAAAAGGCACGUAGAAAUACAUGGAUCAUAUAUAUUCUGCCUGUUUAAAACACGUGAUCUAAAUUAUUUUCUUCUCUAGAAAAAAAUUAUGAAUAAGGGUUUCAUUUAUAUUACUUAUUUAUACUAAAGCAAGUAAUCGACACAAGGUUUUCUUCGUGUUUUUCAAACUCAAAUCGAACUUCUUCAUAUCACUAACUAUUUCAAAUGAUAGGGCGUACCAAUCAAGUUAGACCAUUUAAUGAUGAGAAUCUAACAGGAAAAACUCGUCAUUAUAAAAUGACACUCAAAGAAUUUUUAACACUUCUGAUUGGAUCUACAAUUCCUGUCGCUAUUGGUAUAUAUACAGCUAUUACAAAUGAACAAAUGCAGAAAUUAGCUCAACGUGCAGAAAAUAAACAACACAGUAUUGCUACCGAAAGACGAGUAUUUGAUUUGGAACGAGCAUCUGAACUCUAUCAACAACAACUCUACAAGAACUUUUUAGAUGAUAUGUACAUAUUACACAGAGAUGGUGAAUUAAAUGAUUCAGCUGAUCCAUGGGCAUUUGCAAAUGCACGUUAUCGUGCUGCACAGCGUGAAUUUGAUCCUAUUCGGAAGGCCCAAGCCUUAAUUUUUCUCAAGGAAAAACAAUUGAUUGGUCGUCAAAAUUGUACAACCAAAUGUCAAUCAAAAUUAGUCAAAGAUAUAAUUCGUCUCAAUCAGAGACCGAAACGGGGUGGAUUUUUUACUCCCCGCCCCGCCCCGUCGGAAGCUUUCUCUCCCCGACCUCGCCUCGCCCCGCUCGUUAUUUUUUUUCUUCCCCGCCCCCGCCCCGCCCCGCUCUAUAUUUUUUUUGCUUCCUCGACCCCGCCCCGCCCCGUUCUUCAUUUUAUUUUGCUUCCCCGUCCCCGCCCAUAUGAAUUUCCGGUGUAAAAUUGAAAAAUAAGAAAGUUUUACGGA